AUGGCAAUGAAAGAGAACAGCUGCAUAAAUAGCAAAGACAGAUUAGUAGGAUCCUCGAUUGAGAGCGCAAUUGCGCAGAACCACAAUGCACGUUCAAUAGGUGGUCUUUCAAAUCGCCGUCCGUGGUCGAAACUCGUUGAUCGCUCGGCCUUCUCCAAACCCGAAUCCGUUUCUGAUGCUACCCUCCGUAUUCGCAAAAACUAUUCCUAUUUCCGUACCAAUUACCUUUCCCUCAUCGCCGUUGUUCUCGCCUUUUCCCUAAUCACAAACCCAUUUUCCCUUUUUCUUCUCGCCGGUCUCCUUGCUGCUUGGCUUUUUCUCUACCUUUUCCGUCCGUCGGAUCCGCCUUUGGUUUUAUUCGUUCGGCAGUUUUCUGAACGUGAGACGCUUGGGGUUCUUAUUGUUCUGCGGUGGUCGUGA